GUAAAUUAAAAGUACUUGAAAUAUGCUGCUUUUACAUUUAAAUGUAGUUUGGUUUUCACUAAUACAAAAGAACGUAAUUUAUAAGAUUUCGUUGUAUAUAACUUAACAGAAAGCAUAUUAUUGAUGAAGGAAUGUAUUAUUCACAAUUUUAUGGCAGAAUAUUUAUUUAAUCAAUUGAAUCUUUUUGACUUCAUAACACUUACACUGGAAUUUGAGAACAAAGAAAUUUUAAUUAUUCGUCUUAUAAUAUUAAUUUUAACUGUCAAGAUGCUUUAUACAACAUCAUUAAUGAAAGUGAUUCCACAGACUCCUAAAAAUAUUGAAUCAGAUAAAUUCAUAUUUUCUUCAACUCCAGAAAUUUCACAUGGAACAAAUCGAAGUCGUGAUUUUUUCGGUUUAAUAAAAAGGCGUCCAACUAAUGAAAAAAGUAUUUAUUCACGUCAUCCACUGUAUCAUCAUGCUCCACAUUGUCGUCAUCAACAACAACAUCAACGUUAUCAUAGUCAUCUACGUAAACAAUGUCCAUAUCGAUGUAUAACUCAUAAACCUAGUACAUCAAAAUCUCAAAUGGCAAUUCACAAAUCAAUAAGUAAGCAACUUUCUUUACCAGUUGAAUAUACAGAUGAGCAAAAAUCAUUUUAUUCUUCUACUGGAUUAUUACAGACUCAUUCUAUUAUGGAUGAUGAUAUUGAGUCUGGAUUAAAUAUACAUGACGAUGAUUUGCAUUCCUGUGUAAGUAUACAUAAAUCCAAUAUAACAAUUGAGAGACCGAAUUCCUAUCACUCAGGUAGUUCUUCUACUUCUUUAACCUCAUGUUUAAGAUGCCUAAAUUCAGGCCAAACUGUAUCAUCUCAUACAAAAGCUGUUGAUGAAAUAAACUAUGAUUCAGAACCACAAUGUUCACGUAAUUCUGUUACAUCAAAUAUAUCAAAGUUAAAAUAUUUUGAUGAUACAGAUACAAGUAAUUUAUUUGUAAAUGUACAGAAAGAUACAUUUAAAGAUCGUCUACUUUAUUUUCCUACAAUAAGUAAUCAAUUAAUGUUGACAAAUCCUACUAAACGUCCAUUUUAUUCUAAUCAUAAUAAUUCUGAUGAGAUUGAAAAAUAUGAUAGUACUAGUGCAAUUGAUGCUAAAUUUUCACUACCAAAAAAAGAAUUGAAAUUUGCUGUACCAGAAUUUUUAAUGCCCAUUAUAGAUCGUCGUACAUCAUCACAAAUAUUUAAUGUUAAACAAAUAUCGGCAUCAACAUUAAAUAUUGAAAAUAAAUUGUUGAAAAGACGAAAAACUAUUAAAGAACGUUUCAAACAAUUACACAGUGAUUAUGAUGGUAGUAAAUUUUGGAAUAAAUUAAAUAAAAAUUUUAAAAUGAAUAAAGUUAAAAACUUGUCCAAUACUAGAUCAAGAUCAAGUAUGGCUAUUUCCAUGGAUUAUACACAUCAUAAAGAUUCUGUUUCACGAUCUAGUAUUACAUCAUGUGAUGAUUGUAGACGUAUUACCAUUAAUGUAAGUGGUUUAAAAUUUGAAACAUGGCUAACUGUACUUGAACGUCAUCCAACCACUUUAUUAGGUGAUUACAAUAAACGUAAACCAUUCUAUGAUGAAUAUCGUAAAGAAUAUUUUUUCGAUAGGCAUAGGCCUAGUUUUGAAGCAAUAUUUAAUUAUUAUCAAUAUGGUGGUCGAUUAAAACGACCAGCUACAGUAUCUGAUGAUGUCUUUCUUACUGAAUUAGAAUUUUUUCAAAUUGAAUCUGAAGCAUUAGAUGUAUAUAAAAAAAAUGAAGGUUAUGUACCGGAUAUUAUUGUUUUACCAGAAAAUUUAAUAAAACGUAAAUUAUGGAUGUUAUUUGAAUAUCCAGAAACAUCUAUCUUAGCAUUUACCUUUUCAAUGGCAUCAUUUAUUUUUACUGUUAUUUCUAUUAUAUUAUUUUGUAUUGAAACAUUACCAGUAUAUGCUCAAACACAUUGUGAACCUGGAACAAGACCAAAUUUUCGUGAUCCAUUUUUUAUUAUUGAAACAUUAUGUACAUUUUGGUUUACUAUAGAAAUUUUUAUACGUUUUAUUAGUUGUCCAAGUCAAAAAAUAUUUAUUAAAGAUAUUAAAAAUUUAAUUGAUUUAGCUGCAAUUGUACCAUAUUAUAUAACAUUAUUCAAUGUUUUAAUAACAUUUAGUUGUGAAGGAGCAAAAAAUAGUGCUAGUUUAGCAUUUCUACGUGUAAUACGUUUAAUUCGAGUAUUUAAAUUAACAAAACAUUCAUCUGGUUUACAAGUACUUGUAUUAACUUUUAAAGAAAGUAUUGAAGGAUUAAGUUUAUUUCUUGUUGCAUUUAUUGUUUGUAUAUUAGUAUUUUCUAGUACAAUUUAUUAUGUAGAAAUUGAUAGAAAAGGUUCACAAAUUGAAAGUAUACCAGAUGCAUUUUGGUGGGCUGUCAUUACAAUGUGUACUGUUGGUUAUGGUGAUAAAGUACCAAAAGGACCAUUAGGAAAAGUUGUUGGUAGUAUAUGCGCUGUAGCUGGUGUAUUAACAUUAGCUAUACCAGUACCAAUUAUUACGGAAAAUUUCAAUAAAUUUUAUGCUCAUAAAACCGGUCGUGGUAGAAGAUGA